GAUCGCCACAAUUAACAGUUGCCGAGCAUUUUAUUGGAAAAGAUGAGAAUUGAAAUUAGUGAGUUUCAAGUGAGAAAACUGAAUGAAUAUCAAGUAUCCUGAAAAUUUUCCCUUUUCUUUUCAUUCUGAACUUUAUUUUGCUUUUCUAUUCAUUCAGUUGUGUUUGUAAUUCUGUCAUGUAAAUAAUCAUUUCUCCCUCAUCCAAUUCAUUCAUUCACUAGCUCACUUACUCACUUGCUCUCUCUCCAUCUCUCUCCAUCUCUUAAACACAAUCAGAUGAUCAACUCAAUUACAUGAAAAUCAUUCUCCCGAUUAUCCGAAUCUUAAUCAUCUCUAUGCUUAAUGGUGAUCGUUUCUCAUUAAUCUGUUAGAUUUUCAUCUAAUUUUCUGUAAAUAUUGAGGAUCAUUUAUCGCUUUACUCUAACUAAUUUCAACAAUUAACUCAAUUCAUUGAUUUGUGUUGUUUUCCUUUUCCUAUUCACUUGUUGUGUGUUUCUAACCUUUUGUUUUGAUUUGGUUUUGUUGUGUGUUUCUCAUCAUCAUGUCAUCAGAAUCAUCGUCAUCGUCGUCAACAUCGUCAACGAACUCGAUAGUUGCUCAGAUUACCGAUAGACUUGCAAGUUUAGGACCAAUGAGUGUUCGUGAUCAACUUUAUCGUUCAACUACAAACAAAACCUUUGAAAAUGAAGCUGAUUUACCAAGUCUACCGGUUCCUUCAUUACAAUCAACUCUUGACCUUUACCUGGACACAGUGAAAGCAGUGACCAAUCAAGAGGAAUAUGAAAACACCAAGAAAAUUGUUGGACAAUUUAUUUCCACCGAUGGACCAAAGAUUCAAAAUUUACUCAUUGAACGGUCACAAAAAUCACGAAAUUGGCUUGAAGAUUGGUGGCUUAAUUAUGCUUACCUGCAACAACGAUCUCCAUUGAUUCCUUACUGUAACAUGGCGGCUCCAUACCCGAUCCACGAAUAUUGGCCUCCCCAACGAGGAAGUCGAGUCAAUCGGAUAUCGUUAUCGUUAGCAUAUGAAUUAGAAUUUUGGAAAAUGCUUCGAAGUCAAAUCAUGAGACCAAUGGUUCAUCGGGGUGUCCCCUGGGCGAUGGACCAAUUUAAACGGCUAUUCAAUACCUGUCGUAUUCCUGGUGAAGAGCGAGAUUCCCUUAAUUGUUGGUUUAUCACAGAAGACGAAGGUCCACCAGCACCGACCAAUAUUAUCGUUCUUUAUCGUGGUUACAUAUUCAGUUUCGAAGCCGUUGAUCCACAAUUGGAAGAACCGUUGACACCUCAAGAAAUUGCGUUCCAAUUGUUUUACAUUGAGAAAUGGUGCCAAUCACAAGCAACCGAUGGCCCAGGAGUCGGUGCCUUGACGGUAACAGAUCGAAGUCAAUGGGCCAAAAAUCGCGAUUAUCUUAUCAAAUUGAAUACUCGAAACAAGAAAACCAUCGACAGAAUUGAACAAUCCUUAUUUGUAAUAGUUUUCGAUGAUUCUGAGCCAACAACUCAAAGUCAGCUCUUACGUGAGGCGAUGUGUGGGGACUGUAAAAAUCGUUGGGCAGAUAAGUCCAUGUCAACGAUUGUUUUCAAUAACGGACUCAUGGGAGCUUCUGGUGAUCAUACUCCAUUUGAUGGCUUGUGUACAGCGAUUUUAAGUCAUUACAUUAUGAUUUCAUUGGAUGAAAGUAAAGGCGUUUGGAAAGGAAGCCAAAAGUUCAGGGAAAUGCCCAAAGCGGAGCGAUUAGAAUUCAUUUUGGACGAUUAUUUGAUUAAAGAAAUUGAUUGUUCAGUGUCAACAUACAAUCAAAAUUGUUCCGAUAUUCAAAUUUGCCACGAAACAUUCAAAGGUUUCGGUAAAGCGGCUCUCAGGGACCACAAAUUUCACCCUGAGGCCUUUACUCAGGUAGCACUUCAAUUGGCCUAUUAUCGUAUGCACGGUAAACCCGCACCGACCUAUUGUACUGCGAGCACCCGACAAUAUUAUCAUGGACGAACCGAAACAUGUCGAUCAUGUUUCCCUGAAAGUGUUGAAUUCUGUAAAUCUGUGAUUGAAUCAAAAAAAUCGCCUGGAGAAUUGUAUAAUCAGCUAAGUGAGGCUGUCUCCAAAUUCACUAAAUUAAUGGGCGAAGCGAUGAAAGGUUUCGGCUGUGAUCGUCAUCUAAUGGGCCUUUACCUGACCUGUUUGGAGGAGGGACUCGAACUGCCCGAUCUGUUUACCGACCCGUCGUUCAUUGCGUCCGGUGGGGGUGGAAAUUACAUCCUAUCGACCUCUUGCUCGGGUUAUUGGCACAUUUGUGGCGGUGUCCCACCGAUGCGAGAUGAUGGUUAUGGUGCUUUCUAUGGUAUCGAGGACAAUCAGAUCACUUUUUGUAUAACCGCUUACAAGAAAUGCUCAGAAACUGAUCCGAAAGCCUUUUUUGAUAACGUUGCUAAAUCGUUGAUGGAAAUGCAACAAAUUUGUAUCUCGUCUAAAUUGUGAUUUGAUUACAUCAAUUAAAUUUACAUUCCUAUUCGAUUCAGAUUUUCUUAAUUAUCUCCAAACUUGUAAGUCGAUCUCUUUUCCCUCUACAAUUGAUUUAAUUAAUCUUCUCCUUUUCUUUUGUCUUUUUUUUGUCAAUUCCUUUAAAUUGUCAACUGAAUGUUUAUCAACUACCAAUAUCAAAUUCUUUCAUCAUUUAUCUGCACAAUUGUUAUGUUAAUUAUCUUUAUAUAUACAAUAUUUGUUUGAUUGACAAUCAAACAGUUAUCGUAACAAUAAAAAACUAUUUCUUUAAA